CGAGAGGCAGUAAACAAUGUAAUAAACGAGCACCUCGCCCGUACUGCUGCAGAAUGUAAACUGGCGUUAUCGUCGCUAAAUUGAAUUGCAGGAACGCUUAUUUGUACAUUUUUUAAAAUGACAAGUAGAAUUCGAUUAGUACGAUCCAUGGUGAAGGCAGCAGCUGUGGUCAACGUUCCCAGACACGUUGAGCAUUUCUCCAAAUUUUCUCCAUCUCCCCUUUCCAUGAAGCAAUUCUUGGAUUUUGGUUCAACAAAUGCAUGUGAGCGCACAUCAUUCGUCUUUCUCCGUCAAGAGCUACCUGUGCGUUUGUCUAACAUAAUGAAGGAAAUCAACCUGCUGCCAGACAAACUAUUGGCCACACCCUCUGUACAACUGGUCCAGAGCUGGUACAUACAAAGUCUGAUGGAGAUCUUGGAUUUUCUGGACAAAAGCCCAGAUGACCAGAGAACUCUUGAAAUGUUUGUUGACGUAUUGGAAGCAAUCAGAAACAGGCACAAUGAGGUGGUCCCCACCAUGGCCCAGGGAGUCAUCGAGUACAAGGAGGCUUUUGGCCAGCAAGAUGCUGUUACCGACCAUAACAUCCAGUACUUCCUGGACCGCUUCUAUACUAGCCGAAUCUCCAUCCGCAUGCUCAUCAACCAACACACGAUUGUCUUCAGCGGAAGCAGAAAUCCAACUCAUCAUGACACCAUUGGUUGCAUUGACUCCAUGUGUGAUGUGCCUGAGGUUGUACGAGAUGCUUACGAAAGCGCCAAGUUAAUGUGUGAACAAUAUUACCUGGGAGCACCCGAGCUGGAGCUGAGACAAAUGAAUGCUAACAGUAACGGGCAGCCCAUUCAGAUCUCUUACAUCCCAUCUCACCUGUACCACAUGCUGUUUGAACUUUUUAAGAAUGCCAUGAGGGCAACCAUUGAGAACCACGAAGCCAGUAGGAUCCUCCCUCCCAUCAAAGUUCUGGUUGCAGUUGGUGGAGAGGACUUGUCAAUUCAGAUGAGUGAUAGAGGAGGUGGAGUUCCAUUUAGGAAGACAGAGGGUCUUUUCAGCUACAUGUACUCCACAGCUCCCAGACCAGACAUGGGAGUGAAACAUAGAGCCCCUCUGGCUGGUUUUGGCUAUGGAUUGCCUAUUUCUCGCCUGUAUGCUCGCUACUUCCAAGGAGACUUACAGCUGUAUUCAAUGGAGGGUUACGGCACCGAUGCAGUUAUACACCUGAAGGCAUUGUCGACUGACUCAGUAGAGAGGCUGCCAGUUUUCAACAAAACUGCACUUCGCCACUACAAGCUGAGUUUGGAAGCAGAUGAUUGGUGUGUACCCUCUAAGGAGCCGCUGGAUCUUACAGUUUUUCGAAAUGCCAAAUGAGUUAGUCAAGAAAAGACACAAAUUUGCCAUGCUUGACAAUUGUCUUUGAAAGGUAAAGACAUUGUUGGACCAGGAGCUAAGGGACUCAUAAAAGACUAUAAUGAGCACUUUUUUUUUUUUUCUUCAUUUUGGUUUUCUGACACUUCGGCUGUUCAGGGUGGCCAUAUUGCUGCCUUGCAUUGUCUUUUCACAUCCUAUGUGUGAAGGAAUAGAGAAAGAGAAUUUUGUGGUGCACUGGUCAAAAGCUUGUGGAGCGAAGGUAACAGUUUGAAAAACACAAAAAUGGAUAUAACCAUUUCAAAUGGUUGAGUCGGUGGACAGUGAGGCUUUAUUUGCUGAUAUUGUUACAGCAGUGUGAAUAGUUAGAAAUCCAAUGUUCUGUUAUACAGUAUGUUUGGAUUGGAGUCACAAAUUAGAUUUCUGCUUUGUUUAAUACUACAUGUUUAAAUUGAGAAGUGAUUUUGUUGUAUUUUGCAAGAUUUGUAAGUGAUUUCAGAUGGUUUAUUUUUUGUAAAAAAAUUAUAUAUAUAUAAUUAUAUAUAUGUAUGUAUAUAUAUAGGUGUGUGUAAAUGGCGGAAAACACUCAGGUGACUUAAGUUCCGCCCUGAGACCCCCAAUUUGGCCAAAUUUCAAAAUUGUCCUAUAUGCAUGUGUGAUACAUCUUUGGAAAGCUUAAAAUCUCAAUUUUCUGGGGGAAGAAAAUUUUUGAACAGGAGGGCAUUUAAAAAAAAAAAAAAAAAAAUUAAACAGCAAAACCCUAACUGGAGGUGAGAGCACACGAGAGCAGAAUUAAAGACGAUUUUAACGAGAUUUUAUUGUGUACUUACCUUGUUUCGAUCCAAAAACUCCAUGUACCAUGUAUCAUCGAAUGUCAAGACACAGAUGUGAAUGGCCACAGCCGUAUUUUGGGGGGAUUUUAUGGGUGAAACAUUGUAAUAUAACAAGGGUCGCAAUGCAGAAAUCGCAGACGUCAAGGAGUGGUCGAGAUUUCCUUUUUCAUAAAUUUACCCUUUUAAACGUUUUUUUUUUCCCUCCAAUUUUUCUUUGUUUGGAUCGAUCAUUUAUCAUCUAACAUAUCGGGGAAAAUGCGACUAACAACAAAAAAAUAAAAUUAAGCCAUAUUUAUGAGGUAGAUAUCCGUGACUUCUUUACAGAUAUCAUUUUUUUUCAUUGUGACGUUAUUUGUUUAAAAGUUUAAAAUAUGCGAGUGAAUAAUUUUUUAAAGUCUUUUUUUUUUAUAACGAAAUAUUAGACAUCAAUUAAUGAUUCUAACCUAAAAAUGACAGACAUUUUGAAUAAUAAAUAUAAUUCUUUUUAUGGCUGGGUUGAAACAAAAGCGGUUGCGUGACGUCUGUAAAUGGGGCUUUCUAGGGUAAAACGGACAAAUUAUAAAUAGUUUGGAGGCUUAAUGCGCCAUGAAUGUGCUUUGGCAGCAUAUAGACAUAUUGUUCUAUCAAACACAACAGUUGUUUUGGCUUAAAAUACAGCAGUAUAAUUUAAAGAGGAGUGCAAGAGCAGAAACUGCUUUUUCAGUCUUGUCUGUUUUCCACCAUACAUAUAUAUAAAUUGCACCAAAAAAAUUCAAAACAGAUGUGUGUGUACUUUGUAUAUUUUAUAAACAAAUACUUUACAAAUAAAUAUAUUUAUUAAUUUAUUUGGUGCUUUACAUCUCGUUAUUGUAAGAGUUUUGUUUAGAAAUUAUGUCAGUGUCAAUGUGUUCUGUGUGUACGUGUUCGGCCAUGAACCUGGUCAACAAACUUAUCACAAAGUUGCAUAACGAGUAGGUGAGUCCUUUUUUUUUUUUUUUUUUUUUUUUUUUAAAUACAGCAGAUGACUUCAAGUAGACUUUGGCCUCUGGUUGUCUAAUAGACUUUGUAUGUGUGUCAUCUGAAAAUAAGUGGGAAAACAUUUUCUUUUAAAAAGUAAUAUACUAUUUCAAAAGACUUUCCCCACAAAUGAAGUGAGUUAACUCUGUUACCAUGCUGUAAAAAUAAUUAUUACUCGGCAAAGAUAUUAUCCAGUUAUUAUGUGCUAAUUUGUUAAAGUUUAUUUAAAGAAGAAUUAAAAAUGGAAUAUUUCAGCAUGUAUUUAUUCAAAUUGAACAGAUUGCAAUUGGCCACAGUUAAAAAAUAUAUAUAAUGUCGUUUAUCUUCUGUUAUGCCCCCCCAAAGGAAGAUGUAAACGCACCCCCAAUUCUCUGUCGACAUUGUAAAAAAUGUCAUUUUUCUGUAAAAUUAUUAUUAUUAAAAAUACAACAAUGCAUAACGUGUCCUAUUUUAUAUUAAAGAAAAUAUAGAUCAACUUACAGUAAAGUAUAACUUUCUUAACAUUGUUUUGUUUGGAACAGUAAAGACUUAAAGCCCAUCAAUUUGCCGGGGAAAAAAAAAAGUCACAUCCGAACUGUAAAAAUACACUCAAAGUACAUUUUUUGACCAUUUGAUACUGAAUAAUAAAAUUUAAUAAAGUCAAUAUUUAAUAAUAAGUUCAAAUUUAUUAGCAACUCAUGAGGACAAUAUGCCAAACAAUUUGACCGAAAAAACCAAAAUUGAUAGAACAAAAAGGACCGUAUCAGUGGCCAGAAGGACAGUUUUAGUUUUUGCUGCAGGCAUCAGCUCCUUUGCAAUGGUGUAGGGUGCACUGAGAAACUUGGUAUGCCACCUUGUAUGAUGUUAACAUUGCCCGCUGGUUUACUGACGUAACACUGACAAAGCAGGACAAUUGUUGGCAAUAUUCGGCACGUUUUCCCUGAAAAAAAAUCAAGCGGCUUAUCAAUGUGGUUGGGGUCUAAUGUAUUUAAGUAACAUUUUAAUUAAUUUGGGUUCCCACUGUCUGCUGCAAACAUUUUUAAAUACGGUAAACCGACUGGUCUUUCCUCGUCUCCCACUAGAUUAAAAUUCAAAGCCAAACGCCACAUACGCUACUUCAUAUUUCCUCGUCUUAGUUCUUCAUAUCUCCACUGUGUGCUCUAGUUUUUUUUUUUUUUUCCCAAAAAUACUCCGCACACUCUGAAAAAGAGAGCGCCACUGCCACCCACUGAGUGGAUGUGCAAUCAGACUUUAAUGUAGUACGGCAAAAAAGUAUUCACACCCCACUAUUUGAGAAAUGCUGCCCUAGGGGGAGAUUGAGGGAAGGCAGUGCCCCACCCCACCCCCGGUGGCCGGAAAAUGUCUGUUCGUAAUUGACUUUCCUAUAAAUGAAGUUCAGAAUUUUUGACAGAAGGCUCAAUCAUUGAGUUAGCAGGGGUUUAAUUUGUUGGUGGUGUUAAUAUCAACAAAUUCUGGGUGGUUUGUUAGUUAUCUGUUAGUUUUAGGGCUCCGGAGUGGCUAAGCUAGGGGGACCAAACAUUCCUCUUUUGCCCGGACAUGUCCACUUUUCACGCCAUGUCCUCGUCGUCCGGCCGGGUUUUAUAAAUUCAUGAAAAUGUCCGGUCUUUAUGAUUUUUCACAGGGCCAAUUUGAAGACAAUCCCUCCGGCCGCUGGGGGCAGCACAUGUCUGCGUUGACGUGGCUCCUACUAGUAUGGGAGUAGAAGGAGUAGUUCUAAGACACGUUAAUGCUAUUGGCAUUCCUAAAGGGGCCGCUAUCCUUUUUCAAUAUGCCUGGCAUUACAAAUAUAGAGCAGAAGAAAAAAAUUGGGCCAAGCAAAAAAGGAGAGGAGAGAGAGAAACAGGUGUUGAAGUUGAGUGGCAGUGUACGACGCUGGCUCUGUUUUGUAAAUAAAAAGUCUCCACUGAAAAAGCCAUCCAACGCAUCCAUGUGUUUUAUACGCUUCACCAUCCACUCGAAGGACGAACCGGAUCUGUAAGUUUAUCUUCUAUUAAUGUCGAUCAUGUGACUUCUGUUGUAUAUUGGGUUAUAUGUGUACACAGAGAUACAGUAUAUUGUAUGUCUUGUAGUAAUUGUUCUGCGUUGGUGUAUUUGGUUGAAUGUUAGAAUUAUAUUCUAACUAGCUGUGUUUGAUAUGCCUCAGGG